UGCAAAUCCAGCUCCUCCGCGGAUUAUACCGCCCCUGUGAUCUACACAUUUCAAACGAACAUGCAAUUGCUGUCCCAACCGCCUCGUUCAACUGACCGUGUCCAUCAACAACGAUGUCCCGAACCCUCGCCGCCCUUGUCUCCGCAAGGCCGAACCACGCUUCCCGUGUCAAGGAUGCCUUCGACGACUUGAACAGAUACGCGGCCUCUCCGAAGCACGGUGCGACCCUCGAGCAGAUCAAGGCGGUACGCCAAGUCCGCAAGGCCCACCCGCCCCAGAAGGGCACUGUCGCUGAAGACGAUCUCGUCAGCAGGCUGAUCAACGAUCCUGAUCACCAUGACCUCUGGUUCAACCAGCUGCUGGGAAACCCGUUUUGCAAGGAGAUGGGCACGACGGGCCCCAAUGACUCCGGCGCAGCUGCGUUUUUGAAGGGUUUCCAAGCCUACAUGGUGCAAGACUACAUCUAUAUCGCACAGGGCAUCUUCUACCAGACCGAGCGCGCGGUCAAGGCGACAACCACGGAGGAGUUCGACGAAACAGCUGAGAAGGCCUCGCACUACUGCAAGCACGCUCAGGAUGCCUUGCACCUCUGCGUCGACCCCGUGGACAAGGGCCUGGGUUUGAAGGGCAUCGAUGUGCUCCAGGCGCAGCCGGCGGAUGCUACCAACUAUUACACAGGCCUACAAUUCGAGGCGGCCAAGACCCAGAACUGGGUGAUGGGGCUUGUUGCGAUGAUCCCAUGCGUUCAGUCCUACUAUGCUUUGGCACACCCACUGUACGAGAAAGCGACAGAUGACGUCAAGCAGACGCUCUGGUACAAGCUCUGGAUCGAGCCCAAUGGUAACCUCACGACCGACGAGGCCGGCGUAACAACGCAGAUUAGUGAGAACUCCGUCGCAUCUUCAGGGCUGAUGCACGUUGGAUGCUUACGAACAGUAUGAUAGGCUUCUUCACGGCGAACUACGACCUCUGGAAGGAUCACUACGCCGAAGCCAAGGAAAUCUUCCAAAAAGCAUGCAAGGGCGAGAUCGAACUCUACAAGUGGGCUACUGAUAGUAAACAGUGAGACUGCUGGUGCCCGGUUGUUCUCAUGGACGUUAUUAACGUUGUACUGUAACAUCGUGUGACCCAUGACAUGGACUCCUCGUGAACGACGAUCUAACACAAAUCAAUCGCGUAUUGUCACCUCUUGAUGGUCAAGCUUCAGGU